AUGAUUUUGGCAACAUUAUGGAGCGAACUUGUGGAUCAAAUUCAACAUCACUUGAAUGAAUCUACCGAUGAGCCUUUGAUUGUUGUUUUCCAGCAUAUGAAAGCUCAAAAAAUUCGAGGUAAUUACUCAGUGCGUAGCUGUUGGUAUCACACAAAGAUAUGGAUAAAUUCUACGUUGCCGCAGUCUAUUGACUUUAAAUCCAGAUUACUUGCAGCACAUCAAUCAAACAUUGAGCGAAUCACUCGAACAAGUUCUCAGCAAAGUUACUCUGUUAGAGAUGAGUUAGACAAAGGAAUUAUACUGUUUAAAACUAUUAGGGAAUUAAUUCAGUGCACGCAAGGAUAUAGUUAUUGGAUUGUGGCAAAAUUAUUUAAUUUGGAACUUGAUCAGGGAUGGUAUAGGCUUCAAGUUCGUGUUAUGGAUGGAACCACUUUUAUCUCAUUGUUGCUUUGGAAUCGCGAAGCUAUGCGACUUAUAGGGAAGUCCGCAAAAGAACUUAAGGAAAGAUUACUUGAGACUUCACUUGCGGAUGAUGAUUGUUCUUAUCCAAGUGAACUGGACGAUAUUCUUUAUAAAAAAUUCAUGUUCAAGGUUAUUGUUAAGCAAGAAAAUAUUGAGUCACAAGUCGAAGUCUACAAAGUUCUUAAGUUUACUGAUGACGAUGACCUUCUAAAGGAAUACAACCAUAGUUUAUUCGAAGACAAUAUCAAUGAUCCACAGUUUUUUGAUGGACAAAGCUCAAGUGGAGAUAAGCUUUUCGAGGAUCUUAUUGCCGAAAAUCAGUUGAAGUUUGUUUUGCAUACUCCCAUCGAGAAAAGCGUAUCAGAAAGUGGAUCGUCGGUGUUAGAAGAUGGUGAUGCUUGCAAUGCAAAAAUAUCUCCUUUAAAGACGUAUGACAAGAAGACUAGAUCCACUAAUAAGGCAUCAGUAGUAGGACCAGAUGAUGACUUCAAUUCUCAAAUCUCUAGCAACAAGGUUCGCAGAGUCGUAAAGAAAGAAAAGAAUCUCUGA